AUGACGACAAAUUCGAAGGUAGCAUUAAUUACGGGUAUUUCUUCGAACCUAGGCAUUAACAUCGCCUACAGACUCUUGGACCAAACCGAUCCUGCCAUGAAGUUGACUAUUAUAGUCACUUCCAGGACAUUUCGCAAGACAAAAGAACUGAUUGAGCUCAUAAACGAGUAUGCCAAUUCAAAGGCUGAGAGUAGAACUGGCACUGUGGAGUUUGACUAUCUUCUAGUGGACUUUACUGACAUGGUUUCCGUACUUUCGGCGUAUUAUGAUUUGCAUUUGAAAUACAAAUCUAUAGACUACGUUUUCGUCAAUGCCGCUCAAGGUGUUUAUUCAGGCAUUGAUUGGGUUGGCGCUUGCAAACAAAUUUUGCGGAAUCCCGUGGAGGGUGUGUCGUUUCCCGACUACAAGUUGCAAAGAGUGGGAGUCAAGACCGCUGAUGGAAUGGGACUUGUAUUUCAAGCGAAUGUGUUUGGUCCAUUUUAUCUUAUUCACAAGAUCAAACAUUUGUUGAAGGGUGGAAGUGUCGUUUGGAUUUCGUCGCUCAUGUCGAAACCAAAAUACUUAUCUUUUGAUGAUUUGCAACUCUUGAGAUCAUCAGAGUCAUAUGAGGGCUCCAAGCGGUUGGUGGACUUGAUGCACAUGGGUCUGUACCGGGAACUCGAGAAGAUUCAUGUCAACCAGUAUGUGGUGGAACCAGGUAUUUUCACAAGCUUUUCCUUUUUCCAGUACUUGAAUGUGUUCACUUACUACGGUAUGCUUUUGCUAUUCUAUCUCGCUCGGCUUUUGGGCUCUUCUCACCAUACUAUAUCUGGGUAUAAGGCUGCUAAUGCCCCGGUAUCGUGUGCACUCUCACAGGAACCCAAGAAUGUCAAGCUUGGUUCGGCAACUUCAAGAACUGGAGUUGAGUACCUCAUUAGACAUGACAUUGACCCUACUGGGGCGGAAGACGUUGCAGCUUACUUGAAUAGACUAUGCGAUGAAUGGGAUGAAAAGUUGAAGGACCAAAUCACCGAAACUCGCCAAAAAGUUUGA